AUGGCCGACGUCUAUCGACCAUACCAACGUGAGAGGUCUCGCUCGCCCCGUCGCCGUUCUUCUCGCAGUCCUCCCCGACGCACUCGUCGUUCGUACUCCCCUCGCAGUCGCUCUCGCAGCCGCGGUGAGCGUGACGAAUACCGCCGUUCCGAGCGCCGUUCGCGAUCCCCUUUGAGUGCUUCCGGAGCAGCAGCUGGACCCCAAGGCUCAGGCUCUCCUUUCGGUGGACGCAGUGGAUACCCCCCCGGCUCGAUUUGA